CUCAUCUUCAGAUCACAAUCGUCGCCUCACACACCAACCUCUUAUCUUAAUCAAGCUUGCAGCCACCCCAGCAACUUCCUCCCCGGCUCCAUUCUAUACCUCCUCUCCCACUGGCUUGCACGUGAGGUCCCGCCUACGGGGCCCUAUCCCACCCACAACCAUGUCCAAGCCGGCUCCCCAAGGCCUCAGCGCCCCCGCCGUUGGCUCAUCGACAGCGGCCGCGGCCACGUCCGGUUCAACGCCGGUCCCCUCGUCGCCGCCCGCGUCCGAAUCGUUCUUCUCCGAGUUCGAUGGCACCGCCAGUGUUAUGGACACGUCAUACGGCGACGCGGCUGCAUGGGAAGCACCAGCUGAUGCGAGCUCGCUCAACAUUGUAUCCUGGAAGCUUGGCGUUGACGCGCAUGUUGACGAUGGGGUCGGGAAGCGUGGAUUCAACGCAAUCUCGACGGUGCUGAAUCACCCUACCAAGCGCGCCAAUCCCUUGCGCGGCUCACGCAAGCCGCUGCCACCCCUUGGCGCACCCCCAUUGCUACCCAAGCCGCAACCGCCAAGCUUCUACGAUGGAUACUUGAAAUCUAUCGCGCCGCUAUACGAGCAGUUUGUGCAGUCGCAAGCUGCAGCCGCGUCGAGCUCGGGCAACAGCGCUAAUGGCGCGCCGGAACUGGACAUCAAAGUCCAGACACCGAAGGAGGACUUGCCAUCACUGAACGCGAUCCCCAACGUUUUCUUCGACUCGGCUUUUGACAUCGCCAAUCCGUCCACAUGGGCCGAGAUCAUGGACAGCGCGGAGCCCUUCAAGGGCAAGACGCACGAUGCCGCUGUGCAAGAAACGCUAUCUACACAUCUCGACAAUCUCGAGCGCCACCUUGUGCAUGAGAUCACGCUGCGCUCAUCGUCGUUCUUCUCGGCCCUCGGCAACCUGCAGGAUCUCAACUCGGAGUCGAGCUCUUGUCUUUCUCGCAUCACAAAUCUAAAAACAGCACUCGGAGACAUCGGGGGCAAGCAGGCACGCAAGGGCCUCGAGAUUAUCGACGCUCAGGCUCGCCUUAACUCACUACGCGUUACUGAGAGCGGCGUCAAGCGGGUGGCUGAGCUUGACGAGAUGAUCCGCCUAGCUAAGAAUCUCGCCGACGCCGGAGACUGGGCUGGGGCACUGGGCUGCGUCGAGGACGUAAUGAGAUGGUGGGAGAGAAACGGUACGCAGGCUUUGGAAGGGGAGGGGGAAGAUCGCCAUCUUCCUCUCACCACUUUGCCUGCAUUAUCGUACCUCCCAACAUCCAUCGCGGUCCUUACUGCCAACAUCGCGGGCCAGCUCGAGACUGCCCUCCAAGCCGUCCUGCAGUCGAUUCUCUCCGAGGCUGAGCACACCGAGUUUGACUCGGACGAGUUGCGAACCACUGUCGGUCCCAUGCUCGGCGGCCUCAUUCGGUGCGGCAAGACAGACACGCUGGCCGGCGUCUGGCGAGAAGCAGUCACAACAUCCAUCCGAGAUGGGCUACGAAGGCAUCUUCCUGUUCCGCAGGGAGAGGAGGACGACGUCGGGAAUCGGGGAACUGAAUCGAGCGGACAAGGUUUAGCGCAAAAGCUGCGAGCCAUGUCCCACUCCGAAUUUACCGAGCUGUGCAAGAAGAUGUACUCCUCUAUGUUGUCGCGCAUCAAACUCAUUGAGAAGAUGGGCGAAGAGAUGUCGUCGAUGCUUGCGGACAACAGGACCCUCACGGCUCUGUCCUUGACGCCUACAUCCGACGGACCCCAACUUGCACCCAGAACACCAGAGGGCAUCAAGUUUGAGCCCGGGGAUGUUCUUACCUCUGCUUGCGAGCUGGCAAACACGCGUGCCUCGAUCAUUGUCUCUGCCCGUUCAGAACAACACGCGAUGCUGUCGCUCAGUGAUUUCUUGGAGAUCUUCAACGAGACGAUGGAGUUCGUCUCGGCGAGCGAGGCGUUAGCGAAACGGGUACUGGGAACAUUACGAGGAGCGAUACAGGCGCAAGCGCGCGCGUUCCUCCAAGCAUACCACCAGCAGCGGUUGACGCGCUCGGCACGCUUGGUCGAAGAGGAGACAUGGGUUCAAGUCGACGUGCCAUCGGCAACUCAACACGCGGCAGACCUGCUCGUUGAGGCCGCUGUAUCUGAUCCGGGCGAGUGCUUCGUGCCUCCCCGCGACGCCAAUGGGUCGAGCAACGGCGAGUCCUCAGGCACAACAAAGCUCAUCUCGAUUGAGGACAAGACGUUCUGUGUUGUCAAGGCAACGUCUGAAAGCCUGCAGCUGCUGAGCGAGUAUCUCGCGAUCGUGAUCAACCUGGAGCUGGUCGCGACCGACGUCAUGACGCGCAUCAUCGAAUUUUUGCGAUCUUUCAACUCGCGCAUCUGCCAGCUUGUGCUGGGCGCGGGCGCGAUGCGCUCGGCAGGCUUGAAGAACAUCACAGCCAAGCACCUCGCGCUGGCAUCACAAUCGUUGUCUGUCAUCAUCGCACUGAUUCCUUAUGUGCGCGAGUUCAUCCGUCGCCAUGUUAAUCCACGGCAAGCUGUCAUGCUAGUAGAGUUUGACAAGCUCAAGCGCGACUACCAGGACCACCAAGAGGAGAUCCACGCGAAGCUCGUGGCGAUCAUGUCUGAUCGUCUGGCAGUGCACUGUGGCGAGCUGCGCGAGAUCGACUGGGAGCAGCCAUCGCCGCGCGAUGCUCCUCAUUCGUACGCCUUGAUGCUCGUGAAGGAGACGGCGACACUGCACAAAGUGCUCAGCAAGUACCUUGCGCAUGCGACGGUCGAGGCGGUCAUGUCGCAGGUGAUAGCGGCGUACGUCUCGCGCUUGGGCGACGAGUACACCAAGGUCGAGCUCAAGUCUGAGGAUGCCAAGAAGCGGAUGCAGCAGGAUGCAGCGAUCAUUGCGGCGCGUCUCGCGCCAUUGGCGGAGAGCGGGAGCUCGGCGGCCUCACUGGAGGCGCUCGUGCGUGAAAAGUCGCUGCCGCGUCGCGACGUCGGUGCCGCCAUGCGCGGGCUGCUGCGCAAGUCGAGUAAUGGGCCUGACGGGCCGGAGCCAGCUGCGACGCCGCUCAGCAACGGCGAUGAGGAAGGCCUGAUUGUGGAGAAGCGGAGCAGCUCGGAGAGCAAGGAGGGCAAGAGUGAGGAGGGUAAGGAGGCGAGUGGGGACGGAGCUGAGGAUAAGGCGGCAAAUAGUUCGCCGUCGCGAGGGUGGCGGGAGGUGGGCGAUGAUGAGGGGACGCCUGCCAGCCCCAGCCCGCCAUUGACGAGCAAGUCGCCUGUAGACGAAGGCAAGAGCGAAGGCAAGAGUGAAGAGACGGAGGCAGAGGAGGCGGGUGUAUCCGAUGACCCCCCGCCACUCCCCUCUAAGCCGGCCUCGCGGCCAGCUUCGCCCGUCAAGCCUGAGCCUGAAGUCGAAAGGAAGACGUCCCCGCCCCCUCCCUCGCCCCCGCUCCCGCCAGAGAAAGACGCACCGCCCGCAACGCCCGCCAAAGACUCGCAGGCGACAGAGACGCCGACAGAGGAGGUAUCAGAGGCACGGUCCGAUACUCCCGAAACCGCAAAGGACGCCCCCUCCACCCCUGCAAAAGACGUACCAGCACCAGCCAUCACCCCCGCCGAUGCGGAAGACACACCCUCACCUGCCACGGAUGCCAGCGCCACUGCCUAAUCGUCAUAUGCAAUGCAUUCAGGCUGCUGCUUCCCUCGUAUGAUCACGCGGGCCUAGACGGAUGUGUCGAGGGGUUGGAGUGAACGGACCUGCGGAGUUUUGGAGCGCAGCAACCCGUCAUUGUGGGUCGGGGAUGCGAUUCCUAGCUUCUCAACAGCAUCCCCAUGUACUGCAGACUCUGUCCAGAUGUUAGCGAUAUGUGCACAUGGCAGCUCGCUUCGACAGCAGUAGGAGCCGAGGCGUCCGAAAUCAACGAGUAACCAGUGAAACAAACAACGAAGGACCAGCAACUUCCGUUUCAGUGACGAGGCUCCAGGAAGGAAAGUCCAUGUUGUUAGUAUUGUGCGCUGCGCUUACGGGCAGGCCUUGAAUAAAUGCACGCUCUACCGAGCCUCCAGUACGACUAUAUCGGCCCGCGGGGUCUGAUUGGCCUUGG